AUGUUCUCCCAUGGCAGAGCUUGCCUAAAAGGGCGUCGCGUCUCUACCAUCUUGGACAACAUCGCUGCUGGCCCCGAUGAACCGCUUCUCUUCUUGUACCCGCGCUGGCUCAAGUCGACAGUCCGGCAUUACCGGACUUCUCCUUCCAGGCCUUCUGCUUCUGCGAGGGUUAGGCACGCCCGACGGCUCAUUCUCGGAGGUCCUCGUCCACCCCGAAAGCUGUUGUCCGGACCCAUCUUGAGACGUGGCAAGCCUCCUGUAGCUACCCAUACGGAUGGCAAGGCAGAAGCUCCGACGACCACGAAUACCUCGGACAAUGGCUCGUCGAAAGUCGCAGGGAGCCUCGCCGCACUAACCGAGAAGACGAAAAACCCCCGGCCAUUCAUCGGGCCAAUCAAACCCCCGUUCAACCCUUUUCUUAGGUGGCCCGAACCACCGUCACGGUCUCCCUCUUUUAAGAGGCGGAGCUCCAAAUAUAAGACGCAAUGGCCUGCGAGUCGGGCAGAAUGGUACACGUUAUCGGCCCAAGAUCGUGCAAAAUUGGCUCUCCAACGGAAUCGCUUUCGACGGAAUCCGAAGGAAAAACGAGUUGCAUGGAGGGUCAUAGAAGCUACACUAAAGCAAUUGCAAAAGAAGUCUGCCCGGUGGACGAAGAAGGAGUUAAGGCAUAAGGAGCUGUUGGUGCCGGAGGAGACUGUUGGGCUCAUCGCGGGGGUCACUAAUAUGGGGAUGAAGGAGAACAUCUGGUUCAUACCCGUGCACAAUGGCUGCAAGGUUCAUGUGCUGCAUCCACAGGAUGGCGAUGGCCGGGGUCGGCGGGUCAUAAUUUCGGGGUCGGCUCGUGUCAUUGAACUGGCCAGCGAGCGCAUUGAACAUGCACGGAUUCUCCAGGAACAAGCAGACCCCUUGGUCGACCUCCAGAAACCUCCGAUACCUGUUAUCUCUUCCAGAGACACCCUCAUAUCCAAGGGUAUCGAUCCUCCGCUCGUUCGAGGCACUUGGGAUAUAAAGCGAGCGAGGCCGGCAAUGCUACACACAAUCACGCCUUUGGCGGCGAGUCUGUCAACUGUGCGGGAGUUCGCGGAGUACGUUGAGGAGCUGACACUCUCUAAGCCCUCACCCUCUGAAGAAGAGAAAUCGCCGCACCGAAAACAAGUGAACGACGCCCUGGUGGCGGUUUUUGCGGUUGAUGCAUACAAGAAGCUGUUUUCUACGGCUGCGUUGAAUGAAGCACUCUCUUGGAUGUGUAAACAUAAGUACUUUCGGUAUAUUUACCCAGUUCUAUCCCGGGCCCAACAUGUUGCAACUGUGGACACCGUAAAUAUCCUCCUGGAGUCGGCGGCCCAGCGGCAGGACCCAAGCACGUAUCACUGGCUUCUCAAGGCUAUGUUCCGGGCGAAGAUCCGACCGAACGAAAGCACCUGGAUCACCUUCCUCGACCACGUCGCCUGGCCCAAAGAGAGGAAAAAACUUUCGGACAGGCUGCUGCGACGGGGGUAUCUGAGAGGGAUUCAUGCGAGGCGGGAGGCCCUUCGAUUGACACUCGAACAAAAGUUUCACACGCAUCUAGAGAAUGGCCGCAGCGUGGACUCGUUCAUCAACGAGCUCAACGCGCAGACAAGAGAUUGGACUACGGGCCUCUCGAUCAGCCUGAUGUUUGGUGUCAUCCAACGUCGUCGCGAUUACAUGUCUUUGGACCGGCUGCUGGAGAUCUGUCGGGAGGAGAACUUUCCGAUCAACAGCAGUUCCAUCCUUCAUAUCAUGAACAUGUUCGGGAACGAUACAUUCCUCGCCCUCCGGUAUCUGUACCGAUGCGGCCCUGAACCUGAAAUGGUCUUCGACGGGCUUAUGUGGGAGAGACUUUUCUUCAUGGCCUGGGAUGAUCGCCGUUACAAUCUCACCCGCGUGCUGUGGCGAUACGCCUGCCUGUACGGGGCCGUGACGUUCGCAAUGAAGAAGCGUGUCGACGCGGCACUAAUGAGAAGAGCCAUACUCCCCGAGGAUAACGAAUUCGUCAACGCCUGGCACAGGAAUGCCGGGAAGGUUGCGGUCGGUGUGGACCUGCAUCUUCCGAAGUACAUCGGCCAGAGCAAGGUCAUGACAUACGCCCCGUCUGAGUACCAUUCGAAUCCGAUCGCCUACCUCGACCCAGGCCUCAAUCCGAGCAACAGUGAAGGUCAUCGGCGUAGUGUGUUCGCCAAGCAAUUGCUACAUCGCGAUAUCCGUGUCGGGCUCUUCUACCGUCCCGAAAUGCCCCUGCCUCACAUGUUGGAGGCUGCCGCCAACUUGGAUGCUCAAUGGCAUCGCGUUCCACUGCCGAUGAAAUGGCUGCUGCAGAACGCCCUUCACGUUCCCGUGCACCGCAAGUGGAACCCCAAGCUAUGA